AAGUAAUUGGGGGUUUUAAAAGAGAUUUAUGUGACCGUGGAGUUGUCUGUGGUAUCCAUCCGCGCAUAUUCUCAUUUCAAUUUGCAUUUGCAUUUGCGUUUCAUUUGGCGUUUUGUUUCUUUCUGGAAGCUUCGUUCGGGCAUCAAUGGCGUCCUUCGAUGAAGCUCCUCCCGGAAACUCCAAGAACGGCGAGAAGAUCUUCAAAACCAAGUGCGCUCAGUGCCACACCGUCGACAAAGGUGCCGGCCACAAACAAGGACCCAAUCUGAAUGGUUUGUUUGGAAGACAAUCUGGUACAACUCCUGGAUAUUCCUAUUCUACUGCUAACAAAAACAUGGCCGUGAUUUGGGAGGAAAAGACCCUCUAUGAUUACUUGCUCAACCCCAAAAAGUAUAUUCCAGGAACGAAGAUGGUAUUUCCUGGUCUUAAGAAACCUCAAGAACGUGCAGAUCUUAUUGCAUAUCUUAAAGAAUCUACUGCUUAAUGAUUAAAUUUUCAUACAGUUAUGCACUUUGCUUCAAAGUUCUGGAGAUUUAGUUUUCAGACAUUUAAUUCUGUGGUGCAGUAAAUACUGUAUCAACAAAUAAAGUAGACUUGAUUGGUUUGCAAUGCUAUUUUGUUCGUUUUGCAUUGCUUCUUAAGAGGCUGCCAUAUAUUGGCUACUGUUCAAUUAAUUUGGUUGUUGAAAGUUUAAACAUUGUUAUUGAUAUAAGUUAAGCUGGGAGCACAAUUUAGUCUUUCUUUGUUGGAUAAGUGAUUUGUAAAAUCAUGUAAUUGUUUACUUUGUUUUGCAUAUCCGAAUGCAAUGCGUACUUAUAGUUCGAAA